GCCAGUGUGGCGCAGCAGGCUAGGGUUGGGGGUCACCGCCUUGCACCCCCUGGGCCCGCCGCACAGACCCGGAGCCCCGCGAGCGGGUGGCUUUGCUGUGACUUGGGUGCCGCGCCGCGCCCCCUUCCUCCCCAGACGCGCACAAUCUUCUGUGGCCCGGGGACCCCGCGGGCUGCCACGCGGGGCGCGUUUGCACCGAGCCCGGGGCGCGCGAUGCCACUUGGUCUGGCCGCCCCCUUCGAGCGCCGCGUCGGGAACUCAGCCCGCGUCUGAGCGGCACCGGCUACGCGCCGGCUGCGGGAAGCCCCACGGCAGGACCCUGAAUCAGCAGCCUCUCUCCCGACAGCCGACCGCUGCUGCCACCAGUGUCCCCUACCUGAACCUGUGUCUGUACCACCUCUCAGCAGGGAGCCCAGCAUGAAGGAAGCCAUGUCUAACAACAGUACCGCCAGCAUCUCUCAGGCCAGGAAAGCCGUGGAGCAGCUGAAGAUGGAGGCCGGCAUGGACAGGGUGAAGGUCUCCCAAGCAGCCUCGGACCUCCUGGCCUACUGUGAAGCCCAUGUGCGGGAGGACCCCCUCAUCAUCCCAGUGCCUGCCUCAGAAAACCCCUUCCGGGAGAAGAAGUUCUUCUGCACCAUUCUUUAACGCCCGUGGUGAUGAAGAUGAAGCAGGCUCUUUCCUGCGGUAAAAGUCCCGUGUAGAGAUGUGCACGCUCCCGUGUAGAGGCAUGCCACCCACACACACCCCAUCUCUGUCCAACCAAUCGUCAUCUGGGCUCACCUCGGUUUACCAUAUUUUCUUCAUGAUACCGUUUCUUCUUUUUUUUUUUAUUUCAUUUUUGUUCUUUCCAUCCAUAGAGAAGAAAACAGUCAUUUUUAUAGCCAAUAACAAAUGUGCCAUGUAAAAGUGUGGAUUUAAGGCUCUACAAUUUUUAAAUAUUAAUUCCCAAGUGUAGAUAUAUCCAGUUAAUAAAUUUCAGUGUAACUCAUUGAAACCAAAACCAUGCCCAAGUGUCUCCCAUGCACUGUGAUUCAGUAUCAAAUGACAGCAUAUCGGCCAGCCACAUGUGAGGGUGAGGGCUCUUUCUCCUCUGGCAUCUCUAUCAGGGGCCGUGUGCCAGGCCCUGUCUAUGGCUAACGUCUCCACCUGCUUCUCACUGAACAUUCCAGAGCUGAUGCUUCUGAAAAAUGCAUUCGUGGUAUAGACACCAAGGCAGCCGUGACUGUAGAUACUCACCGGGACAGCCCCACUGGCCACCACCUCAGUCCAAAUGCCACUCUUCCUGCUUGCUUCCUCCUGCUUGGUGUCUCUAGUAAGACAAGGAGUAUGGUUCCGGGCCCUCUGCAGUCUCGGCAGAGUCCUCCCUGCCCUGAGAUAGAGUGAGUCAGAGUGAGUCGCGUAGCCACUCACUGAUCUGAGACGCGACGGUUGCUGACAUCGCUGCUCUAACAAUAAGCAUUACAGGGUGGGUCUGUCUUAGAGACCGAAUAUCCGGGGGACAGAGAAAUGACGUUUGCUCAAGACUGCAGACAGAGUGUAGGCAAACCACAAGCUCCAUAUGUGGGUAGUUCAUCCCUAAAGCUCUUCCUGAACCCCUGAAGUGUGGCCUCCUGUUGCAGGUAUACAGCACCAUAAACAAUACCUAACUAACUGCACACCAGGAAGGAAGCAAACACAUUUGCCCACCAACUGGCUGUACCCUUUCUCCCACCUUUGCUGGGAGAAGUCUCACAAACCUAGAUUCUGGUCAUUUGUGGAUAGAUGAUAUGUGGGUACCCCAAGACCAGAGAUAGCAGUAAACCCUGGGAGUUCCCAGCACAAGGUUGUGGGCCCCACCUAGAGUACCCCCUGCCCUCCUGAUAAAGGCACAGCUGCUGAGGUCUAGUGAGGACGUUUGCUUUGUAGAUAUUUGGAAAUUGCCGCUCCUCUGGCUCUCGGAGAGGCUUGCUGUGCUGCUGGGUAAGCCGUCAUGUGCCAAGCUGUGCCAACCAGCAAACUGCAGACAAUGUUAAUUACCCCUCUUGCUCUUCUGCCAGGACAGAAACUACGUAAGGCUCUGAUUAUCAUUGAAAACCAAUAUAUGCUAGAUGACAACCUAUAAUGUUGGGAAGAGUAUGUGACUUCAUAGAUACCAUGCUUCCGAUGGUGAGGAAUGUAAAAUGUCAUUUUAUUAUAUUAUCAUGGGUUUGUGCCUUGCUACCCUCUCUUGCAGCUUUUGUGGAAACCGUUCUAAGUUUUACUACUGUACAUGAGAUGAGAGGCUAAGAUUCCGUGAGGUUUGGUUGGGCUAUAACAAGAUCUCUGUAUUCUGUGGCCCAUGUUGGCAUUAUUAACCUGACAGAGUACAUCAUGAUCCCCAAAAGCCCAGGAAGUGGGACAGUACCAAGGGUGGCAAAAUAGGUUGGGAGAAGAGUGUGCUUUAAUCUCCUGCCAAACUGUCUCUCCUGUCUCUACUGUCCCCCGUUUCCAGCCAUCUUUCUUAUGUCCUCCUGUGAAUGGUGUGUCCACUAGUACCUGUCCCAGGAAGACACUCCCGUGCCACACCUGGGAUCCAUUGAGCGUUCUCACCCCCAACUUCUUUCUGCUUAUCCCUAGAUUUGUUAACUCCCAGAGUCUCUGAGAUCCAUCCAGUAAACUCAUUAUUCCAUGAAAUAUCCUCAUUUGGAUGCAAAUGUUGUGUGAGCUCAGCUCCACUCCUGAGUAUAAACUUGACAAAAAUGUGUACAUACAGUCAGAAGGAAUAUGCUGGAGUGUCCAUGGAAGCCCUGGUCAUAGUCACCCCUAAGCAGGAGGCCCCUUAUGCCACUGUUGAAGGGCUAAGCUGAUGAGGGUCGUUCCCAUGGUGGUCUCAGCUCCACCCACAGCUCACUGAGGGGCUUGCUAGCCUGGUGGGGAAACUGAGAGCAGGCCAGUCCAAGCCUAUCGCUCCAUUUUUACACAGCACGGGCCGGCAGGCCAACCCAUGCUGAUUCAAGGAGGAACAGUAGCUGCUCCCAAAGGGGCAACAGAAGGGGCCAUGAAAGGCUUCUGGAAUGUUCUGUCUCUUUAUCUAGCUGCCUGUCAUCUUGAUUUGUCUAGUCUGUGA